UGGUGGGCGUUGUUGGUGCCAAGAGCGUAGUGGUUUACUCUUAUGCGGAGGUGGGUGGGAGGUUGGGGUGUUUCAACAAGGUUGGCAGAUUCUGGGAAUGUGUGGGUGUUGGUGGGGAGGUGUUCAACUUUACCUGGCGUCCACCUUGAUAGGUAGGGCGGUGCGUGCUUGGGGUACACCAACACAAAGCGACGUGGUCCACGUUUGUAUUCCUUGUGGGAUCGAUAUUGUAUCAACUACGCAAACGGAUCAUUUGAUGGCUAGUACCGGGGUUGCUGGAGGUAUUUCCAAGAACGUCGGUCUGCACAACGAUAUGUGGGCUCUGGUUGGAAAUCGGCAUCGCGCCAUUAAGAACUUCGAAACUACCGGACCGAUGGGUUGGGGGGCACUCGGGAAGCUUGAGAAGGGGUUUCAAAACAUUACUAGACAUCAACGUAUGCGGGUUUCUGGUCGUUGUCGGAAUUGUUUGAAGAAAUAUUGAAGCCUGUCUCCAUGGGAGGGAGAGGCGAGGUUGGUUGGUGUCUCCCACGAUUGGAAAAAACCAAACUGGAGCCUUCAUGGUGGGUUGCCCUGUGGG